UUCCGUUUUUCGUUUGUUUUGUUUUGUUUUUAUGGAAAAAUCCGAACAUGUCAACACCCCCGGCUACGAAUAGUAUAGAAACACAAAUUGAUAGUUUUCUAGGACAGUUUAAACGAACUGCAUCCAAAGCAAAAGAUAAACGUCCCGCUUCGGAUGAAUGUUUUGUGGAUAGUUUAAGUGGUAUAUCAACGUUUACAACGGCUGUAAAUCGUUCACAAAGUGCGAAAUUCGAUAAUAAUGAUGCUACGAGCACCGAUGAUGUAGAAAGUAUUCGAAGUGAUUGUGAAUCUCGACGAUCGAAUAAUGGGACGUUAGUGGAAGAAAUUGCUGUUCGGGAUGUAUUAAAUUUAUUACAAUCCCAAUAUGCAAUUAUUACCGGUGGGAAAACGAAGGACAUGUGUCCAAUUAUAACAUUUCCCGACAACAAUAAUUUCCAAAACAUCACCGAUGUCGAAUAUCAACGACUUAUGAUGUAUUUAACAUCUGUGCCAUCGACACCAGUGUUGUACAAAAGUUUACAUUUUAGAUUACAAGAAGCUGAUUUAGGAUUUCAUUUGAUUAUUGAUCGUCGCAAAGAUCGAUGGAAUUCUGUUAAAGCUGUACUUUUAAAAAUAUCGGGAUAUUUUCCGGGAAUUAUUCAUGUUGCAUAUGUGAUACGGCCUGCUAGUCUAUUACAAAAAGCUAUUUCAGAAGUUAGCAAUAAAUUAUUUAAGGAAGAAUUCAAAUUUCGUGUCAUAGUUUGUAGUCGAGUUGAAGAGUUGCACGAAUAUAUUGACCGAUCUCAACUCACGCAAGAGUUAGGUGGAUUCUUAAAGUAUUCCCAUCAUGAUUGGAUUCAGCAACGAAUUGAAUUACAAAAAUUUUCUGUAAUGACAAAAGAAAUCUCACAAGCAUUAGAUAUAUUUCUAUCAAGUAUUUUAGAAACAGAAUUUCCAAAUAAUGUGGAAGCAACACAACAAUUAUUAAAUCAACAAGGUAUACUUUAUGCUGAAUUAAAAGAUGAAAUUCUAUCAGCAACAAAACAUGGUGAACAUUUACUGUUAAAUAUUAAAGAAAACCCCGCAUCUAAGUGUACCGAGCCGACUUUAACCGACAAUACUGAUAAAUUAGGGAAUGUAUUCGCUGUUGAAAGAUUAUUGGUACAAUUAGAAGAAACUGAGCGUACAUUUGAUGAAUUUUGGCAACAGCAUUUUGCAAAAUUACAGCAAUGCUUAGAGUUACGUCGUUUUGAACAAAGUUUUAAAGAGUUACAAAGUAAUUUUGAUACGCACUUAAAAACAGUUAGCGAAAUGACGGAAAUUGGUGAAACUGUGAAUCGUGUCGAUACCCUAAUACAAGAAACUACUGAUUUUCAAAAAGUAUGCUUGUAUGACAUUGAUCGAGCCGAAGAAUUAGUAUCAACUGGUCAACAAUUAUUGCAAAUCAAAAAUUCAUUGUCGUUGGAUUGUAUUGAACCGAAAUGUUCGGAAUUGAAUCGUAUGUGUGAUAUUCUGUCGGAACGUUUAACACGACGUUUGGAUACGCUAACGAAAUGUCGUGAUUUAAUGGAACGCGUUGAAAAGGCCAAUUCCUGGUGUACCCGUGGCGUAGAAUUAUUAGCAUCACAACACAUUGAAAAAUGUUCAACUUCAACGGAGCUUGCUGAAAAAUCAUUGCAUGAGAUACAACAAUUCAUUGCUUCCGCUGCUGAAUUUAAAUUAAAUAGUCCAAAAGAAUUCCGCUACGUAUUCCAAGAUUCUAUAACGCUUGAAACCAAGGCAUUAGUGAUGCAAGUAUUGCAACGUAUCGAUGACGUAUCAUUAAUGUGCGACAAACGUAUUGCAAGUUUGAAAAAAUUAACGAUACGCUCACCGAGACCUGUACAAACUGUUACUCCGGAACGAGCAAUGCCAUUACAACCCGCUGGCGGAGCACCACCUUUAUGUAAGGGCAUACUUCGUACUGGACAUCAUUCUAUUAAUAAUUUAAAUCGAGUCGAAAGUAGCGAUGGUAUUACUUCGAAUCAUUUAAAUCAUUUGACAACAUGUGAAAAUGAUACAGAUUCAAGAGGUGCUCGACGGGGGCACACUCUAAGCGAAUUAUUAACCACUGAACAAACUUACGUCGAAGAAUUGUAUUCGAUUUUAAAGGGAUAUAAACAUGAAUUAUUAAACGAAGAAAUUAAACCUCUUGUACCUGCAAUAUUAUCCGAUAAAAUUGAUGUACUAUUUGGAAAUUUAGAUGAAUUAUAUAAUUUUCAUGCGAAUAUUUUUCUACGUGAGCUAGAAAAUUGUAUAACAUCUAUGGAUUUGGUUGCAUCAUGUUUUGUUCAACAGAAAGACAAUUUUUUCCGAUUAUACAGUUCCUAUUGUCAAAAUUUAACGCGUUCUGAACAAUUACGUGAACAAUUAACAUCGGAUGCGCAUGCGUUAUUACAAUCAUUACAACGUAAAUUAAAUCAUCAGUUACCAUUGGCUGCAUAUUUAUUAAAGCCAGUACAACGGAUCACAAAGUACCAAUUAUUAUUAAAGGACCUGCAUCGAUAUAGUCAGGAUGAUCCGCAUGCAGUUUGCGACCAUCAGCAGCUUCAAGAAGCUUUAAAUUGUAUGCUACUAGUAUUAAAAUGUGUAAAUGAUAGCAUGCUACAUGUGGCUAUCACAGGCUAUCCAAACGAUUUAUCUCAACAAGGUGAACUCCUACUUCAAGGCUCCUUCUCUGUAUGGACAGAAAGUAAAAAAGAUUUACGGUUACGUUUAAAAACAAUGCAACGUCACAUAUUCUUAUACCAAAAAGUGAUCUUAUUCUGUAAAUCGAUUGCGAAGUCAACGCACACGAAAGCGAUGUAUCAAUUUAAGCAUUCGUUGAAUAUGAGCGAAAUUGGUUUAACGGAAUCGGUGAAAGGUGAUCAUAAGAAAUUUGAAGUAUGGUUACAAGGUCGUCAAGAAGUACAUACGAUACAAGCGGCUACAAUUGAACAGAAACAAGAGUGGGUUAGUAAAAUUAAACGAGUCUUGUUCAAUCAGUUGGAAGAGUUGAAGGGCGAAAAAAUUAAGCAAUAUUCAUCGUUAAUUCACAAACCUCUACGACAAACAAUUUCUUGGGAACGCCAAGUGUCCACGACGACUAGUUCUAGUGCAGCUUGUGCUUUACCAGAACGUACAAUGAGUUGUGACACAGCGUUAAGAUCAACACCUGAAGAAACGCUCGAAUCAAAUGUAUGCUGGUCUUCGGACUAUAGCAAUAGUGAAGAUGAAGACCCAUUUGUUGAACAAUCUUCAAAUAUUGGUUCAACGACAGGAUCUUCAAUUACUUUAAAUGAACGAAUAACAGAUAUGAAUCGUGGAAAAUAUGUGGCUUUAGCUGAUUAUAACGCAAUUGGGCAUAAUGAAGUUAGUAUUAAGGAGGGUGAUAUUUUUGAGCUGUUAAAAGUUGGAUGCGCUGGUUGGUGGUUUGUUAGAUUUGCAAAUUCGACCAAAGAAGGUUGGGCACCAGCUGCUUAUCUUGAACCGAUUAGUGGUAAAAAGAAUCGGUAUCGAAGUCAGGAUGCUCUCAGUGACUAAUUCAAAACCGAAUUUUAAAUAUCCCCUUUAGCUUACAAAUAUAUUUAACUAUUUAUAAAAAAAAAUGAAUCAUGGCAAAAAUUUGCCAUUAAUUUCUUGAUUUAAAAUUAAUAUAUUCAUCAUAUAUACAGGGCGAUCGUAAUUAAAUGACCGUACAUAUUAAUUUACACCCCCCCCCCCUUCCUCCUCCUCUCUUUCCCUGUUGUUAUUUUCUCAGAAAAAUUACAAGUAUAAUAUGUAUUAUCAAUUAUUUACGAACCCAUUGUACUUUUUGCAUUACCAAAAUCAGUUUUAAAAUAUUUCUCAUCAGUAUUUCUCGAAAAAAUAAAAUCUUAAAUUUUAACAUUAUUUCCAAACUGAUUAUAAUCAGGCCGCCACCCAUUUAACAGUGAUCGAGUUUUUUAUUUUUUUAUGGGUCCCCGGUUUUUUUUCCCUAAUCAUUUUGGUAGGGAAAAGAACUACGUCUGCGCACGGUGUGUAGUUAUGCUCAGAGUCAGGUAACCUAUAAAAAAAACUCGAUCAAAGUUAAAUGAGUGGCGACGGAAUUAUUUCAGUUUUUAAUAUUUAUCGAUUAUUUAAGUUUUAUGAAUUUGGAAGUAAUGUAGAAAUUUGAAAGAAGAUUUAAACUUCCCGGGUUAAGGUUCAAUCAAACAUUGUUUUAAUUUGUUGUGUAUGCGAAUUUUCAAAAGAAUCUGAUCAGUUAGAAUCUGAUUUUAAACUUCCCCCCCUCUGAAUGUUUUCUAUCUUAGGAGUAAAACGAAUCCAUGUUUGGGAUCGAAUUGAUGGUAGAUGUAUGGCAGCUUUAAUCCAGGCAGCUUUAGUAACAUGACAUAAGAAAUCUUUGAAGGUUUUUCCGAGUCCAAGGGCUAUGUUUUUCGGCUUUGAUAUUAGAAGAAGGCAAUGGAUUAUGAAAAUAACUUAAGAUAUCGGUCAAAAGCGUCUCAUUCAAAUGAUUUUCUUCGAAAAUCGUACAAUCUAGAUGCUAAUUCAGGAAAUUGUUUGAUGCAUUCUCGAAAAUUGGAUACUCACAUGAAAUUCAUUGGAUUUUCAUCCUCUUUUUCACAGAAUUCUUAUCCAAAUUGAUGCUGUUUUCAUUAAAACGAUUUUCUAAAUCGCAGAAAGGAUUUAAUCAAACAAGGGAUCUCAUUUCUUCAAGAAACUUCAUGGGGGAAAUUUAAAUAAUAACUCUUCUCGACGAGUUUUUCUAUCAUUGUCUAAAUAUUUUGAGCGACCUUUAGUCUGCCAGAGAGUAUCAGUUAUGUAUUAGAAUUUUCCACAAAAUUCUAGAAUUUACAGGGAUGUUUUUUUUAGAAAAUGCUUUGAAAUUUUAGAUAAAAAUCGAGGCUGUUACACGUGUCAUAUAUUCUUGCCAAGGCAACGCUCGGAAUUGCAGAGCUAGUGCCAUUUUAAAAAUAGUUUCGGAUGAAUCGCAGGUUACGAUUCUGUCACACGUGUUUUUUUAUGCUUUCUAAGGUGUUGUCGGUAAUAAUACAAGUGAAAAAUUCGAAAUGAUGUAUUUUC